GGGGCGGUCGGGGUGGCGACAGGGUGCCUGAGCGAUGGGCGGGAGGUGACACAGCAGCAGCGCGGAGCAGCCAGGGGAAGGGGACAGCAUGAACCGGGCCAAGCCCACCACCGUGCGGAGGCCCAGCGCUGCGGCCAAACCUUCAGGGCACCCUCCUCCAGGAGAUUUCAUUGCGCUGGGCUCAAAGGGUCAGGCCAAUGAAUCGAAAACAGCGUCCACCCUGCUGAAGCCAGCCCCCUCUGGCCUGCCUUCAGAGCGCAAGCGGGAUGGCGCAGCUGCUCUGUCUGGUGCCUCAGCCCUGACUGGCCUCACCAAACGCCCCAAACUCUCCUCCACUCCACCUCUGAGUGCCCUGGGGCGCCUGGCUGAGGCUGCAGUGGCAGAGAAACGGGCCAUCUCUCCCUCCAUUAAAGAACCAUCUGUGGUGCCGAUUGAAGUUCUGCCCACGGUGCUGCUGGAUGAGAUCGAGGCCGCCGAGCUGGAGGGCAACGAUGACAGGAUAGAGGGGGUGCUGUGUGGGGCAGUGAGGCAGCUGAAGAUCACGCGGGCCAAGCCAGACACCACCCUCUACCUGAGCCUCAUGUACCUGGCCAAAAUCAAGCCCAACAUCUUUGCCACAGAGGGUGUCAUUGAGGCGCUGUGCAGCCUCUUGCGGCGGGAUGCCUCCAUCAACUUCAAGGCCAAGGGGAACAGCCUGGUCUCGGUGCUGGCCUGUAACCUCCUCGUGGCCGCAUACGAGGAGGAUGAGAACUGGCCCGAAAUCUUUGUCAAGGUAUACAUCGAGGAUUCCCUGGGGGAGCGGGUCUGGGUGGACAGCCCUCACUGCAAGUCAUUUGUGGACAGCGUCCAGACGGCAUUCAACACCAAGGUGCCCCCCAGGAGCAUGCUCCUGCAGGGGGACAUGGGACGCGGCGGGGGGGACCUCAGUGCUGGGAACAGCCCCCACCCCUCCCUCACCGAGGAGGAAGACAGCCAGACGGAGCUCCUCAUCGCCGAGGAGAAGCUGAGUCCUGAGCAGGAGGGCCAGCUCAUGCCCAGGCCUAGGUACGACGACCUGGCAGAGAGCGUGGAGGAGUACGUCCUCGAUGUCCUUCGAGACCAGCUGAACCGGCGGCAGCCCAUCGACAACGUCUCCCGCAACCUGCUGCGGCUGCUCACCUCCACCUGCGGCUACAAGGAGGUCCGGCUGAUGGCCGUGCAGAAGCUGGAGAUGUGGCUGCAGAACCCAAAGCUGACCAGGCCGGCUCAGGACCUGCUCAUGUCCGCCUGCGUGAACUGCAACACGCAGAGCCCGGAGGAUGUGGAUGUCAUCUCCCACCUGAUCAAGAUCCGCCUCAAGCCCAAGGUCCUCCUCAACCACUACAUGCUCUGCAUCAGGGAGCUGCUGAAUGCCCACAAGGACAACUUGGGCACCACCAUCAAGUUUGUCAUCUUCAACGAGCUCUCCAACGCCCGGAACCCCAACAACAUGCAGGUCCUCCACACCGUGCUGCAGCACAGCUCCGAGCUCGCACCCAAGUUCCUGGCCGUGGUGUUCCAGGACCUGCUGACCAACAAGGACGACUACCUGCGGGCCUCACGGGCCCUGCUGCGGGAGAUCAUCAAGCAGACCAAGCACGAGAUCAACUUCCAGGCCUUCUGCCUGGGCCUCAUGCAGGAGCGCAAGGAGCCGCAGCACCUGGACAUGGAGCUCAAGGAGCGGUUUGUGAUCCAUGUGACAGACCUGCUGGCCGUGUCCAUGAUGCUGGGCAUCACCGCCCAGGUGAAGGAGGCAGGGGUCGCCUGGGACAAAGGCGAGAAGAAGAACCUCGAGGUGCUGCGCUCUUUCCAGAACCAGAUCGCGGCCAUCCAGCGGGACGCCGUCUGGUGGCUUCACACUGUCGUCCCCUCCAUCAGCAAACUCGCGCCCAAGGACUACGUACACUGCCUCCAUAAGGUGCUGUUCACGGAGCAGCCAGAGACCUACUACAAGUGGGACAACUGGCCUCCGGAAAGUGACCGCAACUUCUUCCUCCGCCUCUGCUCUGAGGUGCCCAUCCUGGAGGACACGCUGAUGCGGAUCCUGGUCAUUGGGCUGUCCCGAGAGCUGCCGCUCGGCCCUGCUGACGCCAUGGAGCUGGCCGACCACCUGGUGAAGCGAGCCGCGGCUGUGCAGGCGGACGAUGUGGAAGUGCUGAAGGUGGAGAGAAUCCAGCUGAUCGACGCCGUCCUGAACCUGUGCACCUACCAUCACCCCGAGAACAUUCAGCUCCCCCCAGGGUAUCAGCCACCAAAUCUCGCCAUCUCCACCCUCUACUGGAAGGCGUGGCCGCUCCUGCUCGUGGUGGCCGCAUUUAACCCGGAAAACAUCGGCCUGGCUGCCUGGGAAGAGUACCCCACCCUGAAGAUGCUCAUGGAGAUGGUGAUGACUAACAAUUACUCCUACCCGCCCUGCACCCUGACGGACGAGGAGACACGCACAGAGAUGAUCAGCCGGGAGCUGCAGGUCGCCCAGCGGGAGAAGCAGGAGAUCCUGGCAUUCGAGGGCCACCUGGCCGCUGCCUCCACCAAGCAGACCAUCACCGAGAGCAGCAGCCUCCUCGUGUCCCAGCUCACUGGCCUGGACCCCCGAGGGCCACCCCGCAGGCCCCCCCCCCACAUCCUGGAUCAGGUGAAAGGGCUCAACCAGUCCCUACGCCUCGGGCACCUGCUGUGCCGGAGCCGCAGCCCGGACUUCCUCCUCAACAUCAUCCAGAGGCAGGCCUCCUCGCAGUCCAUGCCCUGGCUGGCCGACCUGGUGCAGUCCAGCGAGGGCUCCGUGGACGUGCUGCCCGUGCAGUGUCUGUGCGAGUUCCUGCUGCACGAUGCUGCCGACGAUGCCGCCUCUGGGGAGGAGGACGAGGAGGCCGAGAGCAAGGAGCAGAAGGCCAAGAAGCGGCAGAGGCAGCAGAAGCAGCGGCAGCUGCUAGGCCGCCUGCAGGACCUGCUGCUGGGCCCCCAGGCCGAUGAGCAGACCACCUGUGAGGUGCUGGACUACUUCCUGCGCCGCCUCAGCUCCUCCCAGGUGGCCUCCCGGGCGCUAGCCAUGAAGUCGGGGACAGGCCCUUCCUGCCCGUCCUUUAGAACAGAAGGCAGCCAGCUGACCCUGCCCAGCUCAGCGCCACGUGUGUCACUGCAGGGUCUGUCGCUGGUGCUCUCGGAGGGCAGCCUGCGGGACGGGGAGGAGCAGGGCCACCCCCAGGAGGAAGACUCGGGGGACACCGAGAUGCUGCAGGGCUACCAGUGGCUGCUGAGGGACCUGCCCCGGCUGCCUCUGUUUGACAGCGUCAGGGCCACGACUGCACUGGCGCUGCAGCAGGCCAUCCACAUGGAGACGGACCCGCAGUCCAUCAGCGCCUACCUGGUCUACCUGUCCCAGCACACGCCAGUGGAGGAGCAAGGCCAGCACAGUGACCUGGCGCUGGAUGUGGCCCGGCUGGUCGUGGAGCGCUCCACCAUCAUGGCGCACCUCUUCUCCAAGCUCUCCCACAGCGCCACGUCGGACGCCGUGCUGGCCGCCCUGCUCACCAUCUUCUCCCGCUACGUGAGGCGCAUGCGCAAGAGCAAGGAGGGGGAAGAGGUCUACAGCUGGUCCGAGUCCCAGGACCAGGUCUUCCUGCGCUGGGCUGGUGGGGAGACGGCCACCAUGCACAUCCUGGUGGUGCACGCCAUGGUCAUCCUGCUGACGCUGGGGCCCCCCCGAGCUGGUGAUGGCGAGUUCCACGCCCUGUUGGACAUCUGGUUUCCGGAGAAAAAGCCGCUGCCCACUGCCUUCCUUGUGGACACGUCUGAGGAGGCCUUGCUGCUGCCCGACUGGCUGAAGCUGCGCAUGAUCCGGUCGGAGGUGCCUCGCCUGGUGGAUGCGGCCCUGCAGGACCUGGAGCCCCAGCAGCUGCUGCUCUUCGUGCAGUCCUUCGGCAUCCCCGUCUCCAGCAUGAGCAAGCUCCUCCAGUACCUGGACCAGGCCGUGGCCCACGACCCCCAGACCCUGGAGCAGAAUAUCAUGGACAAGAAUUACAUGGCUCACCUGGUGGAGGUGCAGCAUGAGAGAGGCGCUUCUGGAGGCCAGACUUUCCACUCCCUGCUGACGGCCUCCCUGCCCCCCCGGCGAGACAGUACAGAAGCCCCAAAGCCAAAGAGCAGCCCGGAGCAUCCCACGGGCCACGGGAGGAUCCGUGCUGGGACCCAGAUCCGGGCGCUCGGCCCCGAGGACGACCUGGCCAGCGUGGUCCUGCAGAUCUUUCCGCUGAACCCCGACCCCCGGUGGCAGAAUGCAAACCCCCGCCCCAUCGCCCUGGCAUUGCAGCAGGCCCUGGGCCAGGAGCUGGCCCGCGUGCGCCAGGGGGACCCUGAGGUGACGGGCAUCACAGUCCGGCUCCUGCAGGCCUUGGCCACUCUGCUGACCUCCUCCCACGGCGGGGCCCUGGCCAUGGCCAUGCACCGGAGCCACGUCCUUGCCUGCCCGCUGCUGCGCCAGCUCUGCCAGUACCAGCGCUGCGUGCCCCAGGACGCCAGCUUCUCAUCGUUGUUCCUCAAAGUACUCAUGCAGCUGCUGCAGUGGCUGGACAGCCCGGCCAUGGGGGACGGGCCCCUCCAGGCCCAGCUCAAGCUGUUUGCCGCCCAGUUCUCAGCCAGGCGCAGGAUCAGCGACGUGCGCACCGGCUUCCUGCACCUGGCGGAGGCCCUGGCCUUCCGCCGUGACUCGGAGGUCGUCCGCUCCACGGUCCGGGCCCUCAUUGCCACCCUGCAGUCUGGGGAGAAGUGCAGCGUGGAGCCCGAGCUCAUGGGCAAAGUCCUCCAAGGCUUGAUCGAGGUGCAGUCGCCCUUCCUGGAGGAACUGCUGACCGUGCUCUUCUCGGCCACUGCGGGUGCUGGCCCCAGGCCCCCUGCUGCACGGCCCAUCGUGGUGGUCAGCUCCCUGCUGCUGCAGGACCAGGAGGAGCCCCCUGGGAAGCAGGAAGGGGAUGGCUGCAGCCUGGAAACCGUGCGGCUGGGCCCGUCCUCAGGGCUUCUCGUCGACUGGCUGGAGAUGCUGGACCCUGAGGUGAUCGGCAGCUGCCCAGACCUGCAGCAGAGGCUCUUGUUCUGGAACAAGGGCAGGGGCCACGGUGGCGCCCAAGUGCCGUCUUUCCGUCCCUACCUCCUGGCCCUCCUCACGCACCAGUCCAACUGGGCCACACUGCACCAGUGCAUCCGCAUCCUGCUCUGCAAGAGCCGGGAGCAGAGGUUCGAUCCUUCUGCCUCUUUGGAUUUCCUCUGGGCCUGUAUCCAUGUCCCUCGGAUCUGGCAGGGCAGGGACCAGCGGACCCCUCAGAAGCGGCGGGAGGAGCUCGUGCUCCGGGUCCAGACCCCAGAGCUCCUCAGCCUGGUGGAGCUGAUCCUGGCCGAGGCGGAGGCCAGAAGCCAGGAGGCAGACGAGGCCUCCUGCAGCCCCAUCCAGGCCCGCCUGCCCCUGCUGCUCAGCUGCUGCCACGGAAACGACGAGAGCAUCCAGAAGGUGGCGGAGUACCUGACGGGCUGCAUCCAGCAGCGGGGGGACAGUGUGGUGGGCAGGCGCUGCCGAGACCUGCUCCUGCAGCUGUACCUGCAGCGGCCAGAGCUCCGGGUGCCCGUGCCUGAGAUCUUGCUGUGCAGCGAGGGGGCCCCCAGCAGCAGUGUCUGCAAGCUGGACGGCCUCAUUCACCGCUUCAUCACCCUCCUCGCCGACACCAGUGACUCCCGAGCAUCCGAGAGCCGUGUGGCGGAUGCCAACAUGGCGUGCCGGAAGCUGGCCGCGGCCCACCCCAUCCUGCUGCUGAGGCACCUGCCCGUCCUCGCGGCUCUGCUUCACGGGAGGACGCACCUCAGCUUCCAGGAGUUCUGCCGGCAGAGCCACCUGGCCUUCUUCCUGCGCGCGCUGGGGCUCCUGGGGCUGCUGCAGCCGCCGCUGUUCCGCGCCGAGCACCAGGGGCCGCUGUGGGACUGCCUGCGCGCCUUCGUCCGCGUGCUGCUGAAUUACCGGAAGUCCUUCCGCCACCUUGCUCCCUUCAUCAGCAGGUUCGUGCAGUUCAUCCACAGGUACAUCACCUGCAAUGCCCCCGCGGCCGUCGCCUUCCUGCAGAGGCACGCGGACCCGCUCCACGACCUGUGCUUCGACAACAGCGACCUGGUGGUGCUGAAGUCCCUCCUGGCAGGGCUGAGCCUCCCCAGUAGGAGCGGCGCGGCCGGCCGAGGCCUGGACGAGGAAGGCGAGGACGAGAACUCGGCCGGCUCUCUGCCACUGGUCAGCGUCUCCCUCUUCACCCCCCUGACCGCAGCUGAGAUGGCGCCCUACAUGAGGAGGCUUUCCCGGGGCCAGGCUGUCGAGGAUCUGCUGGAGGUCCUCAGCGACAUUGAUGAGAUGUCCCGGCGGAGACCUGAGGUCCUCGGUUUCUUCUCGACCAACUUACAGAGGCUGAUGAGCUCGGCUGAGGAGUCCUGCCGCAGCCUGGCCUUCAGCCUGGCCCUGCGCUCCGUCCAGCACAACCCCAGCAUUGCCGCCGACUUCUUGCCCACCUUCAUGUCCUGCCUGGGCAGCCGGGACUUUGAGGUGAUGCAGACAGCUCUGAAGAACCUGCCCGAGUACACCCUUCUCUGCCAGGAGCACGCAGCCACGCUGCUGCACCGGGCCUUCCUGGUGGGCGUGUACGGCCAGGUGGACACCAGUGCCCAGAUCUCCGAGGCCCUGAAGAUCCUCCACAUGGAGGCCGCGCUGUGAGCCUGGUCCUAGUGAAGUGGGUCCCACCCUGGGGCACUGGGCAGCUUCGAGUGGAGGGUGCCCUGCUGCAGGGCCACGUGGCAUGAGCUGCUGUUCAUCUCCCUUGACAAUGAAGUCUCAUGUGGUCCCCGAGA